GUGAGAAUGGUACAUACAAACUGAUUAAGAUGUCAUUGGCCGAUAUCUGGAGCCAUGGCUGGGAGUUGAGGAUCAAUAACUUUGCUGACAAGGAGAAGAUGCCGCAUAUCGAGAAGGAUAUACGCAAUCAGUUCCAAGUUUCACUUUCGCAAUCGAAUUGGGACUCCCCGAAGUAUGCUACCAAAAAAAAGAGCUCGAGAGAUUUCAAUAUCGCUGGCACGCAAGGCAAAACAGAGUCUGUGGAACAACAACAAGCAUUUUGUGUACUGGUGCCGGUACGGUAGCCGCCAGCAGGAUGUCCGCAAGCGACAGAUGUCGGAGUGCGUGAAAUGGGGCAGCGUUGGCAUGAAUGCGGGCAUGUUGCUGGUGCUAAAUAAUAGACAGAAAUGCUAUUCCCACUCAAAGUAACCGCCCGUUUGCGCCCCCCACCCCCUAUACUCCACUCAUAAUGAAAACAAACAACAAAAAAAACACAAGUAUUCAAAGUGAAUUCCGAUGAUAAGAGAUGGCCCCGGCCCUCAAAAAGCAGCAAACAAAAUUUGCAAAUAUGUGUAAAGAUUUUAAGUGCAAUUCAGAUCAGGGUAAGCACACACACACACACGCACACACAUACACAUGCACAGAAGAAAGGCCCCCAUGAGAGAAAGAGUGUAGUAUGUUCAUUUGGCAGUAUUAAAAUACCAUGAAAAAUACCAGAGACACAUAAACGAGACACAACUGUACGCCAACCAAACACAAAAUCCCCCCUCAAACAAAACUGUUGCAACUCCUAUCAAGGAGACACCAAAAUCGUUAAAAAAA